AUGAGCUCCAUUAGCCAUGCCGAAGAUAAUCGGCGAGGAUUGUUUCAAUGUCUUACUGUACCGCAUGAUCACCUCGACAACAUCCACCAAGAUUCUCCUGUGCCGCAUAUGAAGUUGGUCAUUCUACUUCGACAUAUGCCGGGCCCAGUGAUAUGUCUCGCGCACAUGGCAACGCGAUUAUGUACGGGUCUCGCAUGCUUUGUACCGAAUUCGAAGGUUAACAUGCAGCCUACCGCAUUAAGCAAACAUGGGAUAUUCCUUCUCGAAGGCGGAAGCUUGCAGAAAAGGAUUUGA